UGGCGGCGGGGCCGCGGCGGGGAGCGCCGGGCGGGGAGCGGGGGCAGCACGGCGGCUGCAAGGACCGGGGGUGCAGGGCGACGGCACCAGGGCUGAGGUGCCCCCGGUCAGCAUGAUCCCGGGGCAUGGGCCGGUGAUCCAGUCGGUGCUGGGAACUUUCCUCACCUGGGGGCUGACAGCAGCUGGCUCAGCACUGGUGUUUGUCUUCUCCAGUGGGCAGAGGCGGAUCCUAGAUGGGAGCUUAGGCUUUGCUGCAGGGGUCAUGCUGGCUGCUUCCUACUGGUCCCUGCUGGCCCCAGCCAUCGACAUGGCCGAGGAGUCCGGCAGCUUCGGCGCCUUCGCUUUCUUCCCGGUGGCCGUGGGCUUUGCUCUGGGAGCAGCUUUUGUCUACUUGGCCGACCUGCUCCUCCCAGCACUGGGUUUCAGUGGACCUCCCCAUGCAGCAUUUGCCUUGAGCUGUGACCAGCGAGCAGUGAAGGAAAAAUAUGAGCAUGAACCUGCCCAGCCCCUGGCCUACGAGAGCGAAUUGUCCAUCCGGAUAGGUAGAGCUGGGCUCCAUCCAGAUAAAGGUGAGAACGGAGAGCCCUAUCAGCGGAGGAGGGGUGCAGGGAGCAGCCUGCCAGACACCCCCGCGGCGUUCCCUGGGACCAAGGACGGGGCCCCGGCGGCCGGCAGCAGCAGCUGGAGGCGGAUUAUGCUGAUGAUCCUCGCUAUAACCAUCCACAACAUCCCGGAGGGUCUGGCAGUGGGAGUUGGAUUUGGGGCUAUUGGAAAAUCCACAUCUGCAACCUUCCAAAGUGCCAGGAAUUUAGCCAUUGGGAUUGGGAUUCAGAACUUCCCAGAGGGCCUGGCCGUCAGCCUGCCGUUACGUGGCGCUGGAUUUUCAACGUGGAAAGCAUUCUGGUAUGGGCAGCUGAGCGGCAUGGUGGAGCCCUUAGCCGGCAUCUUUGGUGCCUUCGCCGUGGUGGUGGCAGAGCCUCUCCUCCCCUACGCCUUGGGCUUCGCUGCUGGAGCAAUGGUUUAUGUGGUGAUGGAUGAUAUCAUCCCCGAGGCACAGACCAGUGGCAACGGGAAGCUGGCAUCCUGGACCUCCAUCCUAGGAUUUGUGGUGAUGAUGUCCCUGGAUGUGGGGCUCGGGUAGGGCAGCGUGCUGCUCCCCCGGGGCAAGACUUCAGAGCCAUUUGUGCAGCGGCAUUUGGAACUGGGCAGACCUUAUCCCUUGGACUGGUUUUGUACAUACAGUUUGGGGUUUUUUUUGGAUCUGGUUUGGUGUUGAUUUCCUCUAAUUUUAUAUCUCUUCAUCCCAUCCCCUCCAAGGUCAUGUUGAUGGUUUUCUAAGCACAAAUAAGGGGUGGUUCCUCGCAGGUCUUGGGUUGCUUUUCGCCUCUUGGGAAGGUGGUUGGACAAGGUGUAGGCUGGGCUGCAGGUUACCCUGUCCUUCCUCUGCCAUGCUGGGAUGGUUUCUCUGGGUCAGGUAGCUCUGGGCAUUGACAUCGUUGUGCUGUAGAAGAUUAGAACUCACUGCCACGCUUUGAAGCUGGUCUGUGGUUGAGUACCAAGGCAGCUGAGGGGAGACAACUCUUGACAGUCUCCACAUCCACCCUUUUUCCAGAGGGCAUUAGGGCUUAGCACCUGCAGCACUCAUUGGGAUCAAACCUCUCCUGGAUCCUUAGGAAUUUUGUUUUGAUGGAUGCAAAUAGUCCAGGAAAAUAACAGUGAAUUUUCUUGGAAUGCCUGUAAGAGGCAAAGGUCUUUUUUUUCCUUUCCUCCUGAGUUUAUCUCCUAAGUGGAGCUUUAUUCCAGUGCAUUUUGUCCAAUAUCCAAAAGUUUCCUCUGGGAAGAAAAACUAAAGCAUGACAAAGCAGGAAAGGAGGAGUUUUUUGGUGUUUAUUAGCAUGUCCUCUUUGACAAGGCAAGCUGUGGUCACCCAGGUUGUUGCUGAUGUGCUGCCUGACUGUUGUCCAGCAGGACACACUUCCACGUGGGCCCAGGACUGUGCCUGGCCUCACCAAGCAAUUCCUGGUUUGUGGCUGCUGGUUCCAACUCACUGAAGAGCCAGGGCAGGUUUUUCCUGGUGCUGGCCCUGGCUGCACCUCACCCCACAGGAGAUCUUAGAGCUGAGUCAAGAUGGAAGCCUGCUGGGAGCACUCAUCUUCCUGAGCAUCCUCAGGAUGAAAUAAUUCAUCAAGGUGAAUUAAUUAUCCUACCUGGGGAAGCCUCUUCACCCUCUGCUUUCCAAGCAUCUCCUGUUGAACAGCCAUUCCUGAGCAGGCAGGGUUGGUCCCUUCCAGACUGAGGAACAAGCCCUGCCUGAACCUCCCUGCCCUUGGAGAGCGAGCAGCCGAAUGCUGGAGGUGGAAGGAUGCUGCACACCCACCUCACUUCUGUCUUUGGUGAGAAGGACUUCCAUAACUCUUCAGAUGGAAUAACUGCACCAUCUGCUUGCCACCUGCACCUCUGUCCCUCUGCAGCUGUGGGGCUUUUGGGGGAAGAGUGUGAUGAGUUGGGGUGGGAGGGGGGAGAGUCACUGACUGCUGUGAAGCUGCCAGAAGAGCAGCCAAGGGGAACAGCCUUGGCCAAACUUGAGCUAGAGCCAUGUGCAUUUGUUUGGUUCCUUGUUUUCUUUUGGGUUGGAUUUCAUUUGUGGGUCACUCUGGAUGAUACAAAACUGCUGUUUGCCAACAGAUUUGACCUUUUAACUGUGAUUGGCUUCAAUAAAUGAGAGAUUCAGAGUUUGCACUGA